AUGGAAGAGGAUAGAUACCAGUCGCUAAGCAAGGGCGUUUUCGUCAUUCCAUUUCAACCUGAUGACAAUGAAGCAGGACCAUCUAGACCCCAUGUCAGACCGCUGAAGAAGCUAUAUGCUUCCGCACUGGAGCAUUACGAAAGAGCUUAUUCUGAAUACAACGAUGAGAGGACAUCAGAACAGCUGGAUGAUAUCUCAGAUUGGAUAGAAAGGUGUUCUGCUGAACCACUUUUGAAAAUGAAGAACCCCAUAUACAGGUUGGAAGUUGGUUUGCUACAGAAUACAUCAUCAUCCCUACCUUCUCUAUUACAUACCAUCGGUACUAGUACCUAUACAUUACAUGGAAGGGAUGUGAAUGAUGUGAAUGCGGGAUUGAAAGCUAUAGCAAUAGGAUUCAUGGGGGAGACUAACGCACCGGCUAAGAAAACUGGAAGGACAGGUAUAGAAGAGGUAGAACGAUGGUACAAGGCCAGAAAAAAUAAACCCCAGUUAUUAUUACAUAUUCAAGAAGCUCAAUUGAUAUCUUCAUCGGUUUUAGGCGAACUAAUGUACAUAUUCUCAAUACACCCUUCCCUACCGAUUCGACUUCUCCUCUCUGUUCCAUCCAUCACCCACUUUUUAUCCACCUGGACACCCUUAGAACCUAGUUCAAUAGCGAUAUCUAUGCUCUCUUCGUCGGGCGUUAAGAAGAGGAAUAAUGGUGUGGAAGCUAUAUUGAGGGCGAGUGACACUGCUCCAUUGAAGAUAUCAUACGAGUUAGCAGAUGAGAUACGUUCAGAGGAAGCCAAGUCUGGAGGAGGACCUAUGUUGGUUUUGAAAGCUAUCAAAUGGCUGCUACUACAUCAUUCAGUCAAUUCACCUCUUUCGCAAUUGGCAUUCACAUCCGAUCCCGAGCAGUUAAAGAGAGUUCAGGCUUUGGUGAAUGCUGUUCUGCGAAGGCCUAACGAUCCCAGUAUACCAGGCAGAGAUUUAUUCGAGAUCACUAUCAACAAGGAUCUAUCCUCUGUAUUGAAUCCAGCACCGAGAACGUCCAUUCUUCACGCUUUAUCAGAUUGCAGCGAUUAUGUGACACCUGCUAUAGUAUCGGAAGAGAGGGCACGAUCGUCAUCCCCAUCACCUAUGAAGGAGACCUCGAAGAAGCGCAAACAUCCGACGAAGGGAGAUGACCGGUCGAGUAAACGUAAACGGGCAGAAACAGUUGAGGACGAGAUUGAACAAGGUGAAAAGGGUAAAGGCGAGGAACUCAAGGAAUUACAGAUGCUAUAUGAAUUAUGGAGGAGUGCAGGUAAAUCGGUGAAUCUGUGGGAUUGGUUAGAAGGGUUCAGUGGAGUCAUGAGUGAACGACCGCAAGUACAGCAGGAGAAGGAUGGCGCAGAGGAUGAUGGGGACGGGACAAAAGAAGGUGAGGAAGGUGAUGGUGGAGUCGGACUGCAUGACGAGGAGAACGAAGCUCGUCUGCAUGCGAUCUUCAUCAGAUUUGUGGAAGAGGCUAGGAUGAUUGGAUUGAUUAGGGCGAGAGGGAAGGGUAGGAAGGCUGAUGAGGUGGUUAAAGGUAUUGGUUUUGUAUAG